AUGUACAUGCAUCCGAUUGGCCAGCCCAUGGGCCACCCGCUCCUUCCGCCUACGAUGGUGAGCGGCGCCUACCAGGUCAAUGCGAUUCCCGUCGUGCAACAGCAGUUUGUGUACACGGCACAGCCGAUGGUGGCGUCACAGCCCAUGAUUCAGAGCGUUCCUGCUGCCACGCCAAUGUACUCGGUUGCGCCACCACGUCGGCAGAAGAAUAAAGGCAACGCCGUGCUGUUUGUGGGGCAGCUGAACUACGAUGUGACGGAGAAGGAUGUGCGCGAUCUCUUCUCGCACUACGGCCACGUCGUGAACGUUGUACUUCUGAAGGACACCAAGCGCAACAACGCCAAAGGCGCAUCCACGCAGCCGAAGAACAACAAGCAUGUCGUCGGUAGCUCCGCCUUCGUGACGUACCCGACGACCGCCGAGGCGGACUUGGCCAUCAUAUCCCUGCAUAACCGUUACUGCAUGGACAACCGCGACAAGCCUGUGCAAGUGUCCUACUGCCAGAAGACGGACAUCAUCUCCGACUUCGGCUACCGCCAUGCACUGCAGCUGCACUCUGAGAACCCUGCCAACCCAAUCCCUAGCAUCACACCUACACCCUCCGUUGCCUACGCCAUAAAGUUUGCGUAA